AUGGAGAGAACACUGAUCACCUCUAACCUCUGCAUGUCUGAUCUCUACCCUGUCACUGCAGCACAUGCUUCAAGAUCAUCUAGGAGGGUUCACUACAUCUCCCCUGCCGCCUCUGCUGCUGCACGGAACUCCAGCUACAGGAAGAAGAAGAGCACCCCGUCCCCGCCGCCGUCUGCUGCCGCCACCGUCCUCACCUCCCCUCCGGCCACUGACAAUGUUGAGUACACUACUCCGAAGCAGAUCGAGAAACAGGAGCAGGAAGAGCCCGCUGUGGCCAAGAUUAACAAUUCAAGAAUUGCUACUGCAAGGGCGGGCAGGGCAUCAUCCGCUGCGCCGAGCCAGGCGCAGGCUCGGCCUCGCCGCCGGCCUACCGCGGCAGCCGCUUCCCUGCCGAUGGCGUUCUGCAACGCGCUGGAGGAGGUGAUCAACACGUUCGUCGACCCGCCGGCGCUGCGGCCGUCGGUGGACCCGCGGAACGUGCUGUCGAGCAACUUCGCGCCCGUGGACGAGCUGCCGCCCACGCCCUGCCCCGUCGUGCGCGGCGCCAUCCCUCGCUGCCUCGCCGGCGGGGCCUACAUCCGCAACGGGCCCAACCCGCAGCACCUCCCUCGCGGGCCGCACCACCUCUUUGACGGCGACGGCAUGCUCCACUCUCUCCUUCUCCCGACGGCGUCGUCGCCGUCGUCGGACCCCGUCCUCUGCUCGCGGUACGUGCAGACGUACAAGUACCUCGUGGAGCGCGACGCGGGCGCGCCGGUCAUGCCGAACGUCUUCUCCGGCUUCCACGGCGUGGCCGGGAUGGUGCGCGGGGCCGUCGUGGCGGCCAGGGUGCUCACUGGGCAGAUGAACCCGGCCGAGGGUGUGGGGCUCGCCAAUACCAGCCUCGCCUUCUUCGGCGGCCGCCUCUACGCGCUCGGCGAGUCGGACCUGCCGUACGCUGUGCGAGUCGUCCCAGCCACCGGCGAGGUGAUCACGCACGGCAGGUGCGACUUUGGCGGCCGCCUCGUCAUGGGCAUGACCGCGCACCCCAAGAAGGACCCCGUCACCGGCGAGUUGUUCGCGUUCCGCUACGGGCCUGUGCCGCCGUUCGUCACCUACUUCCGGUUCGACCCGGCCGGGAACAAGGGCCCCGACGUGCCCAUCUUCUCCGUGCAACAGCCGUCGUUCCUGCACGACUUCGCCGUCACCGAGCGGUACGCCAUCUUCCCGGAGAUACAGAUCGUCAUGAAGCCAAUGGACAUGGUGGUUGGCGGAGGCGCGCCCGUGGGGUCCGACUCCGGCAAGGUGCCCCGGCUCGGCGUGCUCCCCAAGUACGCCACGGACGAGUCGGAGAUGCGGUGGUUCGAGGUGCCGGGCUUCAACAUGAUGCACUCGCUGAACGCGUGGGAGGAGGCCGACGGCGAGCAGCUGGUGCUGGUGGCACCCAACGUCCUGUCCAUCGAGCACGCGCUGGAGCGCCUGGAGCUCGUGCACUCCUCCGUCGAGCUGGUGCGCCUCAACCUCCGCACCGGGGACGUGUCGCGCACCCCGCUCUCGGCGGGGAACCUCGACUUCGGCGUCAUCCACCCGGGCUACCUCGGCCGGCGCAACCGGUACGGGUACCUCGGCAUAGGCGACCCCAUGCCCAAGAUCGCGGGGGUGGCCAAGCUCGACUUCGACCGCGCCGGCACGGGCGACUGCACCGUGGCGCGGCGCGACUUCGGGCCCGGGUGCUUCGCGGGUGAACCGUUCUUCGUCCCCGACGACGUCGAGGGGGACGGCAACGAGGACGACGGCUACUUGGUGUGCUACGUCCACAACGAGCGCACGGGCGAGAACCGGUUCGUGGUGAUGGACGCGCGAUCGCCGCAGCUGGACAUCGUCGCAGAGGUGCAGCUGCCGGCCCGCGUCCCCUACGGCUUCCACGGCCUGUUUGUCACGCAGGCCCAGCUCCGGUCACAGCAGCAAUGAUCGUAGCAUCAUGCAUGCGUCCAGUGUACGUCGGGCUCGCAGGAUUCCAAGACAAACACACAAGUGAAUACUGAAUAAACACACAAGUGAAUAUUGAAUAGUUCAUAGUACUAGUACGAAGAGCUCUAGAUCAUCCAGCAUUCACGUACACGAAUUAUUGUGGACACUUCACUGAUAUACAGAUUAACUUUUCCUCACUUGGAACAUAUGUCAGAGCUGGCUACAAAUUUCAUGCGUGUGUAGAAGAAAUUUUAAAAGGAGAUAUGCUUUUGCUUUCA